AUGGAAUCGCUGCUUUCCCCACCCCUGAAUAUUCAACUGGUCGACACGUCCCCAGCCCAGUCCUACGAAGUGGUUCAGAAUUCUCUUUCUGCUCCCCUGGACGAUCACGAAUUGUUACCUUACGUGAUUGGUGGGAACACCCACCAAACUAAGAAUCGUCUGUACCAAAUGAGGGACGAAGUUACCGUACUCCGUCGAAAUAGUAAACGUGGAUCGAGCCGACACCCGCACACCUCUAAAAAGCAGAAGCACGACCCCAGCAAGCCCCGGCGUAAAUCCAAGUCGUCGACUCAAGCCGUUGUCUCCUGA